UGCGCCUCUCCCGGCCAGAUACACACCAUGGGAAUUUUUCAUAGCCUUUUCGCAAUUUUGUUUAUGGUCAAUUAAAAUGUCAAUGUGAAUCGGUGACACCCCCUAAAAUGCAGUUAUUACUCCUAAUCGUUGUUGCAUUGCUGCUCCUAUGCAACGGAGCAGCCGCCACACUGCAGGCAAAUGUGGGUGAACUGUUUACGUACAAAAUCGAACCUCAUUUGUUCAAUUGGACGCACGAGGUAAUCAGCGAACAGUUCAGCUAUCGCCCCACAAUCCGUGACCAUCCGGAUCUGCCCACUUGGAUGCGUUACGAGUACAGCCACGAGUACCAUGUGGGUUUUCUCUACGGUACACCGCCGGAGACGGAGGCGGGCAAGGCCAUCAGCAUCGAGGUGAUUGCCUUGAAUCGUCAGAAUUUCGAGACGCGCAUCACGGCGCUGUCCAUGUCUGUCGUUCAAAAGUUUCCCACACCCAAUGUGGUGCAAAUGAAGAUUGAUAAUCUCAAUUGGGUGCACCUCAUGGAUCCGGGACGUGUGGAGAACUUGCGCAACAUUUUCCGCAAGGAUCUGUGGCCCAGCAGCAAGGAGGAUCUCAGUGUGGUGUUUAUGGAAUCGGCUGUCAAUAUGGGCGGACGCCUGCCGUUGCGUCCACAACAGCGUGAGGGCGUCAUUGUCCAUGUGGGCAGCGUGGCGCAGUUUUCGCCACGUCUCAAGGAGCUGCAGGAGGAAGUGCGUCCGCUGUACAAGCUGCCCUCCUGCACCUACAAGCGCACAUCGGUGCAAAAGAUCUUUGAGAAUGUGGGCUUCAAGCUGGACUGGUGUGCCUUCAAGAUGGUGGGCCUGGAGUCCCCCACGGAAAUACUCUACCACAGCGGCAAGCAGCAGAACGAGCAGCAGCCCAGCGGCGAGGAGCAGCUGCACAACGAUCGCUGGAUGGGCAUCACGCGCGAGGAUGUGCCACGUCGCAACUACAUCGAUGAGUUUGCCUUUGCCUUUGCCAUACCCGGCAUGAUAUUUGCCAUCCUAAUGGGCAUGCUCUCGGCCGUCCUGUGCUUUCAGCAUGAAAAAUUUUCCGAUCCGCAUUCGGAGUUUUUCUUUGCAAACAUUUUUCACAUCUGCGAAGAGUCUUGCGCGCAAGCGCCCAGCGAUUCUGAGGCGGAUGAACAAUCCGAAAGCUCUGUUUUCUUUGAAUCUCCGAUAUCGUCCACUGUGCAGAUGGUCAAGUGUGCGGAUCAGCCGAUGAACACCUUGAAAAGCCUUAAAGAUCCCAAUUUUUUACUGGACAACAUCAGCAUGCGUUCCCAGAGUCCCAGCAAUAGCUUUUAUCAGCUCGACUGUGGCGCUUCCAGCAUUUAUCCGCGUCCCAAGCCGCCGCCUUAUACUGGCGGCACUUUGGGCCGCAAUGGCGUGGACAUAUGACAAAUGUCGCCGAGAGUGCUCUAUUGUUAAUCCAUAAAGAAAAGCGCUUUACUCAAAAGAUACCCUCGAAAUACAACAACAAAAGCAAUACCGCAGGCUAAUCAAUCGCUUAACAUAUAUGAAUAAUACAUCAAAAUACCUACCGGAAAAGCAAAACAAACAUGAAGGCACACAUGAACAACAACCAUAUCGUAUUAAUCAAUUUAUAUACAUUUAUAGUACAGCAUAUAGCAUCAUAUAGCGUAUCUAUACACAUGUAACCGAAAAUAGUUUUGCAGUUU